AUGACAUGUACGGAGAAAGAGCUGAGGUCACCGGCACAGUUCUACAACACAAUGAGACAUAUCGAUGAGCAAUCCUUCACGGUCGCGUCGUCAAUCUUCCAAGAGCUUAGGCAGAUUCUUGUGCGGCACGAAGUGAACGAUACCUUCGCGAUUGAGAUACUACAUCGCCAUCUUUGGCUGGCGCCGAAUAGUGUCAUGCUGCACGGUCGUUCGAACGGCGAGGAUUAUUGUCAACCUGUUCUUGCCACUAGUGCAGACAGAAUUGCAACAUAUGAUCCGUCAAGGUCCGCUCAAAUUGUCGUUCGAACCACUCAGCACUCCGUGGUCGUCGGUCAUUAA